CCGCACAGCCAGCCUGCCCCAGCUGGAGCGGGAGGACUCGCCCGCCAACCUCGGUCCGGGAUGGGGCCGCGCUCCGGGACGCCUCUUGUCCCGGGGACCGACCUUGCCGCCGCGACGGUCUGAAGUGCGGCCGCCCGGGGGAGGUUGGACGGCAUUGGCGGGGCCGAACCACUGGCUGACCUUGGCCGGGCUGAUCUGGUACAGCCGCCGCCACGCGCAGAUGUUUUCAAGUCAGCAAACAUUCACUGAGCAUCUACUAUGUACAAGAUGAACAUCUGCAACAAGCCCUCCAACAAGACAGCCCCUGAGAAGAGUGUGUGGACGGCACCUGCACAGGCCAGCAGACCCUCCCCAGAGCUGCAGGGACAGAAGUCCCGCCGAAAUGGGUGGAGCUGGCCUCCUCACCCACUCCAGAUUGUGGCCUGGCUGCUGUACCUCUUCUUCGCUGUGAUUGGCUUUGGGGUCCUUGUUCCCCUCCUGCCUCACCACUGGGUGCCUGCUGGCUAUGCUUGCAUGGGUGCCAUCUUUGCCUGCCACCUUGUGGUACACCUGACUGCAGUCUCCAUUGAUCCAGCAGAUGCCAACGUGCGGGACAGGAGCUACUCAGGGCCCUUGCCCACCUUCAGCCGCAGCCAGCACGCACAUGUCAUUGAAGAUCUGCACUGUAACCUGUGCGACGUGGAUGUGAGUGCUCGCUCCAAGCACUGCAGCGCCUGCAACAAGUGCGUGUGCGGCUUCGAUCACCACUGCAAGUGGCUCAACAACUGCGUGGGCGAGAGGAACUACCGACUCUUUCUACACAGCGUGGCAUCUGCUUUACUGGGUGUCUUGCUCCUGGUGCUUGUGGCCACUUAUGUCUUCGUGGAGUUCUUUGUCAACCCCAUGAGGCUGCGCACCAACCAGCACUUUGAAGUACUGAAGAAUCACACGGAUGUGUGGUUUGUGUUCUUGCCCGCUGCCCCUGUGGAGACCCAGGCUCCUGCCAUCUUGGCCCUGGCUGCCCUACUUAUCCUUCUGGGUUUGCUCUCCACAGCCCUGCUUGGCCACCUGCUCUGCUUCCACAUUUAUCUCAUGUGGCACAAGCUCACUACCUAUGAGUACAUCGUGCAGCACCGUCCACCACAGGAAGCAAAGGGGGCCCACAAGAAGCUCGAGUCAUGUCCCUCCAAGAUGCGGCCCAUUCAGGAGAUGGAAUUCUACAUGAGGACCUUCAGUCAUGUGCGCCCAGAGCCCCCUGGCCAGGCCAGGCCAGCAGCAGUAAACACCAACCCCUCCCAGUUUCUUGCCACCCAAGACCAAGUGCAGCCUCCACGGGCCUCCUCCCCAGACACUCUUGCCCUGCCUCCCCAGAUCCGACCCCAGAAAAAGAGGAAGCGGCGUUUGUAUAAGUUGCCAAGGUCUGGGAUCUUGAGCCGGGAGUCUCCGCUGCCUAGGCUUCGGGGUGAGCGCCCAUCCUUGUCUGGGUCCCACUUCAGGAGCUCGGAGGGAGGGAAAGACAUCCUCAAGCGGCAGCUCCUGGUCUCAAGUUUUCCUCCACUGUGCAGGGCCCCGGGCCCCAGGCCGCAGCUCCAGCUCCUCGAUCGAUUCCGCCAGCUCUGUGCACGCCGCUGGCGCUGCAGGCGCCUACCACUCGGCAUUAGCCGAGUCCGUGGACGAGAUUCCAGUGGCGCAGACGCGCCUGGGCAGCGCCGCCCUGGGCGCUCUGGGGAGCAGGGGCAGAGAGUCUGGCUUGGCGCUGCAGGCGCGUGCGCCUGCUAUUUUCGUGAGCCCGAGCAGCGGUGAGCCCGGGACGCCGGGCGGGCGGGAAGGCGGCCUGCCUUAACCGGGCCAAAGAGCGGCCAGCCCGAUUCUCUAUGCAACACCCCCACCCUCGCCGCACCGAGUGCACUUUAAGGGCCCCACGGCCGGCGGGAUCGGCCCUCCUCGUCCACGAUUCAGCAAUAUCCGCCCC